GAAGCUGCUGUAGCUCCAGAGUGCUUUGGUUAAACUGACGCCACAUCUUGUAGCUACUGUCUUUCAUGCAAGCGUUUCUGAAUUGCUUUAGAGGAAACUCCUAAGCCUGCUUGCCUUAAUGAGUAAAGACAAACUUCCUCUGAUCCUGGGUAUGAUAAAGGUUAAUACUGUUAGAUGCAAGUCAAACAGAAGAGUUUACAAUGUAAUAUAGGUUGUCUUACUGUUAGUAGAAAGCCAAUGGCAAUUUUACUCAGACUUGGUCACUGUAACAGAAGGACUGGCUGCAAGAUGGAGCUGCCUGGCUGUGCUUUUGCAGUUUGGAUGUUUAUUUGCUGCUGUGCAUCUGUGGAUGGCUAUCCAAGUGGAAAAAUAAGAGAAGCCUGCACUAGCAUGAUACCCUGUCACGGUAGCUCUCCACAACUGUCACCUGAGCACACCAUUACAGUGAAUGGGACUGAAUUUAAACCAGGGGACAGCAUAGAAGUUCAUCUGUCUGGACCAGAUUUUGAAGGAUUUUUCAUACAAGCCCGGGAUGCAGAACAUCUGGAUAGCCCUGCAGUUGGUUCUUUCAUGUUAGUUGACCGGAGACUUUCUCAGCUUCUGACAUGUGGCCGUACCAAGAAUUCAGCUGUCAGUCACACAAGUAAAGCAAAAAAGAAAUACAUAAAAGUUUAUUGGAUUGCUCCUGGAGAUGCACCAAAACGUGUACAGUUUCUAGCCACGGUUGUGAAGAAAUACAAGAUUUUCUGGGUGAAGAUUCCUGGUCCCAUUGUUUCUCAGCCUAAUGCACCAUCCCCAACAACACCCUUGCAUGCAACGUCAGAGGCUAUAUCAACUUCACACCCGGUUUCCUACUUAUCAAAGCCGUUUAAUGCAUCAGGUUGUGGAAGUAUGAAGUUCUGCAUUAGAAACCCUUCAAACUGUGAUCCUGAAAGCGCUUCCUGUUUUUUUCUAUCCUUCCAACAAGAGAAGAAUUCAGUAUUUAUUGAAAUGAGUGGUCCAAGUGAAGGAUAUUUAGCAUUUGCAUUGUCCCAUGACCAGUGGAUGGGUGGUGAUGAUGCAUAUCUGUGCGUUAAUGAGGACCACCGCAUUCACGUAAGCACUGCCUAUCUGAAGGGGCGAAGUGCUCCUGUUUUGGAUUCACAGAAUGCCCUUGAAGAUGUGUCAUGGAGGCUUGUGGAUGGUGUUCUUCAAUGUUCUUUCAGAAGGAGUAUUCGUCUUCCUGCUUAUAAAAGGAGAUUUAAUCUGGAUGCCAGUUACUACAUCUUUCUGGCAGAUGGGGAAGCUAGUGAAGGUGGACUAAUAUACAAACAUCGUCGUCAGCCUCUGAUCACCAAUGGAAUAUACAAUGUCACAGGUCUUCCUCAGGAUAUUGGAGGUUCCCGGUCCCCACGACUUAUCAAGGCUCAUGGAGCGCUAAUGUUUGUUGCUUGGAUUACCACAGUUAGUAUUGGUGUUAUUGUUGCACGAUUCUUCAAACCUGUCUGGUCUCAUUCAUUCCUGUUUGGAAAGGAGAUGUGGUUUCAGGUGCAUCGUAUGCUUAUGUUGACCACAGUCAUGCUUACAAGCAUUUCUUUUGUGUUGCCUUUCAUAUACCGAGGAGGUUGGAGCCAACAAGCAGGUUUUCAUCCCUAUCUCGGCUGUACCGUGAUGGCUCUGACAAUCUUUCAACCGCUUAUGGCAGGUUUCAGACCAUCUCGUCAUGCGCCAAGGAGGCAAUUGUUUAACUGGUUUCACUGGAGUACUGGUACAACAGCUAGAAUACUAGCUGUGGUGACUAUGUUCUUGGGAAUGGAUCUACCAGCACUUGACCUACCAGACCCAUGGGACACCUAUACAAUGAUUGGUUUUGUAGCUUGGCAUGUCAGUAUUGAUGUUCUUCUGGAAAUACACAGCUACUGUCUCGUACGUAAAGUUGAAGUGAUAGAGGAUGACAGAGUACAGAUACUACAGUCACUCACAUCUGCAGAAGCAGAGGGUCGUCUGUUUAAACAGAUUAUGUUAACCAUCUAUGUCUGUGGAAAUAUAGUAUUCCUCAUUGCCUUCCUGGCAGCAAUCAACCAAAUAUGAAAUAAGUCAUUGAGAAUUUUGUGAUGAAAUAUUGUGCAGUUGAAAAACCUGCAAGGAAUGCUUUCUAUUACAACUUUUCCCUCAACACCUCCCUGAAGAUGUAAUUGAAGAACAAUAGCACAUGUGCAUCAUGCUCAGUGUUAGGGAGAACUUGAAUUCAAAUCUAUAGAAGGAUGCUGCAGUCCUGCAAAACCUGUCGUCUUAUGGGACUUUUAAUGGGAGUCUUUGCCUGAGUAAGGAAUGAAGUCUCAAUUUUUUUUUAAGUGCAGUAAUUAACUUGAUUGAAGCUUACAGGUUAAGAAGACAGAAGAUGUGCUGAAAAUGCUGUUUUGAUAGUCAGUUCCCUAAACCUUUUGUGAAUAUUAUUGGGAAAACAGGAAAGAUUGAUCCAGAAUCUAUCAUAUCUGUUCGCUUCGCUGUGUUCUAAUGGCAUGUGAUGUGGCAACUUCCUGCUCGUGACAGUUUUGUGCAUUAAAAACAAAACAAACUUGGUGAAAAACUGUUGCAAAUGCAGGUUGAUGCAUGAGCUAAAUGCUGUUGUCUAUCUUUGCAGUUAAAUGCAAAAAAUAUUCUCUCUGCUCUAAGAGCAGUACACUUACACAAGCAUAUGAGUUUGGGAACUUCAGUCCUUUAGUAAAACCACCAUUUGCCUCACUCAGAAUACCAUUCUGUCCCAUCCCCCUUAGUGCUUCUAAACCAUAAAGAGAAAACGUGUUUGCAAUGUAAGUGCAUUAAAACCAGUUGUACUUAUCCAAAACUCAAACCGGAAGAACCUAUCUGCACGUAUGGAUUUCUGUGUUAUGCUGUCUUUGGUUGCUUGUGUCUUCUGAAUUACUUUUCUGUGUGAAUAAGAUGGAUUUAUGCCACUUGAUGCUUAAAUGGAAGUGAAAAUACUUGCUCAGGAAUGUUGCAGUUGUAUUUGCGCUAUUGAGUGAAAUGGAGAUUAGGAGUUGGUUUGACUUCAGGAAAAGCAGCUUCUGUUAAUCUGAAGUGAGAGUCCUUUGAGCUGGCAUAUCUAGGAGACAGAACUGUCUUUAUAAGAAUAUGGGAGGGCGUUUUUUUAGUCAAUAAAAGCUUUAUCUAAAUAUAUGAACUAGGUACAGGGAAUGGAAAGAGACUAUAUUGUUUAACUUCUUUGGUUCAUGGUUUGCCUAAGUAUGGAAGGACACUCUUGAAAUGGCAUCUCAGAAAUGAACGCUUAAUACGCCAUGCAGUACAGUGCUUUGCAUUUGUUUUUUUGCAGGUCUGAACAGUUUGCUUCCACAUGUAUUCAUUUUUGAUACUGGAAAGUAUUGAUUUUUAGUUGUAAUGCUUCAAAAUUUAUCUUCAGCCUAGGGCUACUAAGCUAGCUGGGAAUAAAGGUGUUGGAGUAUUGGAUAGAAUAGUAAAUAGUGAGGCCUGACUUGGUAUAGACUAUUACAGCAACAUCUCUCUACUACCUGAUGGCCAGCUCUAAAAUACUUGCACAUGUGGGUCAGGUAGUGGUUCUCUCAAUUUACUAAACCUGUCUAUUUCUCUCUCUUUCUCCAUCUCCCCAAAUCCACAGUGCAGCCUGUUACAGGGACAAGUCAUAUUCAGAAAGCUACAAGUUUAUGUUUGUAGUCAGUGAUCUUCUUUUUGGCUACUCAGGUAACCGGUUUAGCCAUAAGAGCAUUUAUAGAGCUGGGAUUAAUCCCUUUGUCAGCAGCAGCAGCAGACUGCAAGUGAGUGUAAGUUGAAUUGUCCCCGUUCCUCCUGGAAGCUGGAAAAGUCACGUGAAAAGUCAGCAGAUUGAGAAAGGGGGACUAUGAAGAAAUAUGACAAAACCCAGGCUGAAGUGUAAAAAGCAUAUCACUAAUUGUGUGGGUUUGUGGGUUUUUUAGAGAACUCUGAUCACAAAAGCCUGGGAAUCACAGGCCCAUCUAGUGCUAAACUUUUAGGGGACUUUCGUAUACCAUGAGUUUAUAGAAGAAAAUCUCUCAACCUAGGCCCAAUUGAUGGCUUUUUAAAUUUAAGUCAAUGCUGGAUUCUUUCUGUAAUACAAUAGCUGUACUGUGUGUUGUUUCAUAUGCAUGUGACAAUGAACACAGGGUUUUUAAAACAUGAGUGUAAGUAUCUUAAUAAAAGUUUUGUUGCUUUUAGUAAGGUGAAAACACUAUAAAAUAGAAACUAGAAAAGAAUAGUCUUGCCUAGCAGCAAAAUGGAUUGUCUGUUUUCUUUGUAGAUGUUGUUUUAUAAAUUAAAGCUAUCUAAAUGCUUCCUGGAGAAACUCUUAUUGAAAUUGAAUGUUAAAAUAGUUUCACUCUGUAAUGCAGAGUUUCUUUUCCUCCAAGAAGAAAAAAAUUCCUUGUUCCACAUCUAAUAGAGCUUUAAAGUUGGCAAAAUUGUCAGUUGCUCUGGAUAACUUGUUCCUUCCCAGUGCUAGCUAUGUUGUGUAGUUUCUUAUGUGAGGCCUUAUGUGCAGUAUUGUAACUAAUUUGAUUGAAAGGCUUGUUAAUUUUGUGUAAUGUCUGUUCACACCACCACCCCUGCCCUCUUCCUGCAUGACUAGUAAGAGGAAGCAAUGUGUCGUUGUAUUCUAGUGACGUCUAAAAUUUCUGGUAUUAUACUUAGGAAAAAAGAAAGAAGUCUGUGGAAGUAUUUGAUAUCAGUAGGAAAAUAGGUAACAGGCAGUUUGGUUCUAGAGACACUGGUGGCUGCUGUAUAUUUUUUUUCUUGAAUGAUAAAAUAUUGUAUAGAAGAAAAUUCCCAUUGCUUUGCUUCAUAAAGGAAUCCCACUGAAGUCGAGAGAACUUCUUCACAAGAAGAGAUCGAGAAGGUUUCAGUGUUCUCUUACUCUCAGAUAAAACUUGUGAUGACAAAUCAACAUUAGCGUAUUUCUGUUUGGGUUCUUCUAGACAGGCAAACACUCCUGGUCAAAUAGAAACUUGUGAUCAGUCUCACAACAAGUAGUUUACUGUCUUGAUUGAAGAGUUAGGUGCGGCGUCCAAAUACUGGUCAUCUGCUCUUGACUUAACACAUGCAAGAAACAUGAUUUGUAGUUUUGAACGAAAACUAACUGAUGUAAAUAGCUCAAAUGCAACGGAAUUCACUGCUACUUUGCUUUACUUGAAAUAAUUUUUUUGCUAGCUGACACACAGCCUGCAGAAUGAACUAAGAAAAGGUGUGCUUUGUUUCUCCUCCUAACACUGAACGGCUACACUGUCUUCUGUUUUGUCAAAAAUCACAAGAUGGGGAGACUUCAUAUUCGGUGUAAUAAUGCCCAUGUUUUUCCUUUAGCCAGGUUUGGGAAGGCUAGAGAGAGAUUUGCCUGCCUUUUGUUUUCCGUCACGGUUUGUAACGCUACGUGGCGCUCUUGUUCAAAUAACAGCAUUUUUAUUUUGUUUGCUUUCUUUAAUCUGUCAGUGAGAGGCUGAGACACGUAAAGGAUGUCCAAAACAGGAAGUGUUCCUAGAUGAACUAAUCAGAAAAAUUCUCAAGCUUUAUUAAGAAACUCAAUCUUUACGUUCAAGCCAGUUCAUACAGAUAGAUGUCAUGAAAUGGGUGUUUGCUUGAUAUCUAUGCUUAAGCUUUUGUUUGAAUGGUUAUGGCCCGUUUUCUUUUGUCAUGUGUGUAAACUGUGUUCUACGUGGGUACAUGCGUUUCCAAACAACUUAAGAUGAAUGGCAAUCAUUGAGGAAAAACUGCAAUCUUCUGCAUUUCAAUGUAGAAGUUAAUAUCUCAGUGAUUUUUUAGACCUUCGGUGUAGGCUGAAGUAAGAAAGACUCCAAGUGAACAGAAGGAUUGUUAACCAGGAUGAUCUGCUAGUAUUCUUUGCUCACAUCAGUCUGAUCCCAACUUCUCUAAGGGAUAUGUGUGAAGGGGGGAGCUGUUGCUUUCACUUACCUGUGGGAGUGGCACAGCAGAAUCGGCACAGGACAAGUGCUUCAGAACAUGCUUGGUACCAUCUGGUUUAGCUCAUAUACGAGCUAAUUCAACCACUUUAUAGCUUCUGCUGGUCUUCCUUGUGCUGUGCAAAAGUCACUUUACAUAUUGUAAACCACAAAAGCUGAACAUCUGCGUCACACUGAACCAGGUAUCUAUGAUAGUCAUCCUGGACAAAUGAUAGUGCACUAAGAAGGACUGCACCUUUGGCUUUGUUUCAGAGAGACUUUUGUGUUGCUGGACCUUAGAAAUCAUUUGGCUUUAAUGAUGAACUGGAAUUUUGCAUUGCAUCUGUAUUGACAUGUGAAAAAGAUGAUUUGCCUUCUUGUAAUUCUUCUUGUUGAUAUGGGAUGUGGGAAAGCUCUAGGGCUGCAGCACUCGGAUGAUGAACAUCCCUGCUUCCCAGAAGCACACAACUCUUGAAUGCUCCAUUUUGUGUCUCUGUUCCUCCAAAUUAAUGAUAUGAUAUCCAUGCUGCUACAUAGCUAGUGUAUUAGUGUGGGACAGUUUAGAUUAAUCUGGCACAAACUGAACAGUUUUAAUAUAUGUGCUAUCAGAAUUGCCAUAUGGCAAAGCAGAAAUCUACUGAGCCACUAUUGUCUCCAGAAGUGGUAGUAAUGAGUACUUAGAGCAAGAGAUGUAACAAGACUGCAAAGAUGUUUUCUCUUCCCAGCAAGGUCUCCUUGCAACUUGCCAGAAUCUGUGCAAAGAUGUCCUAAGCUAGAAACUGCAGCUGGACUGUGAACUUUUGUAGUGAUUGGAUUUUAUCUAUGAAGUGUACAAUGUAUUAUUAAAAAAUAAAAUCUAUUAAUGCUUUUGCCCUCCCAUUUAAUUAAUCACUGUGAGAAUUAAUCACUUCACUAUUGUGAAGUCUCUCUUCAG